AUGAUGUGGUUUCAGACGGCGGUUGUGCUCCUCGCAUCCUGCGCAACCAAGUCGCUGGCCAUUUUCGCCGACGAAGUCAACCAUCUCGAUUUCCACCAUGCUCUCGUCGGAGUGCCCUCCCUACAGUCCACGUUCUUCCACCGACCGUCUUCGACAUCGAAUGCGUCGUUAUUAUACACGAUAUCAGAGAAUUUGAUUGUUGGUGCCAUUAACCCGAAAGACGGUGCGGUUGUCUGGAGACAGGACCUGGCUCGAUGGGCUGGCAGCAGCAGUGCUGAAGGUUUCCUUCGUGCUAGUGACGGCGAGUCAACGGUUUUCAGCGCCGCUGGUGAGAAUGUGGUGGCAUGGAGUGCAACAGACGGGAAAUUGGCUUGGGAUUCGAAACUGAAUGGAGAAGCUGUGAAAGAUCUAGAGUUGCUUGAACUUGAAGAUGGUCGUACAACAAACAAUGAGAUCCGGGAUGUGCUUGCACUUUAUGGAGGAAAACAAGGACUUCUCCGACGACUGGACGGAUCAACUGGUGAGGUUAAGUGGGAAUACAAGGACGACAGUGGGGAUACUCCAUUCCAGGUUUCUUCGUCGGCCACAGAGGUGUUCUACAUUUCCCUUCAAUCGGCUUUACUCAAAGGCCACAAGAUCAAAGUAACAGCUCUGGAUUCGCAGACUGGCCGUCAGACCCGGAAUUAUAUUCUGAGCUCCGAAGGCGAAGUCUCUACCCCCGAAUCGAUCCUUUUCGUUGGCACCAACACCGCCUCACCGUUCGUCGCAUGGGCAGAUAAAUCCAACAAGGCUUUGAAGAUUAACAUCCUCGGCUCGAAACAGGUACACACUCUGAACAUUGAAAACGCCAAGGGCGAUGAAAUCCGCAAGAUCACAGUACAUGGACCCGAAGGCCUAAACACCCUUCCACACUUUCUGGUUGACUACGAAACGGACUCGGAGUCGUGGGCUGAAGUCUACCAUAUCGAUUUGAAAUCCUCGUCGAUUUCAAAGGCUUACCAACUGCCACGACUAGCCGGAAAGUCUGUCUUCGCAGUCAGCCGCAAAGCUGCAAACGUCUUCUUCACUCGAGUCACUGAAAUCGAGGUAUCUGUUGUUUCGUCAGCCUCUCACGGAAUUCUCGGCAGGUGGCCAUUCAAUAAGCCCAGCAAUGAAAACAUCAGGAACGCUCUCGCAGAAGUCGUCAGCAAAGGAGACUCGGUAGCCGUGCGAUUUGCAUAUGUGCUGGAUUCAGGUGACUUGCACCUGAACAGGAACGGCAAGGCCGAAUGGACCAGAUACGAAUCCCUUUCUGGGGCUGUUGCCGCAGCCUGGGCUGAGCCUACCAGCAGCGAAGAACUAGUUCAUGAGCUCGAAUUAGAAGGCCAUGAGGAUAUUCUCGCUGCUUACAUCCACCGUGUGAAGCGUCAUGCGAGGGAUCUUCAGCAUUUACCUAAAUGGCUGCAGGAACUGCCAAAGCGUAUCCUCACCAGCUUCAUCUCGGCCGAGGUUACCAAUCUGGACAGCUUUGGUCUCCGUAAGCUGGUGCUAGUAGCGACAAAGCGUGGACGAGUCAUCGCAAUCGACACCGGGAACCACGGUGCUGUUUCCUGGAACACAAAGGUCACAGACACGGCAGACUGGAAGGUCAAAGGAAUAAAGACCGAAUCUGGAAUUGCCACCGUCUAUUCCGAAGAUGGAAACUCUGUGGAUCUCAACGUGACAUCUGGAGAAAUUGUGACCCAGAAAACAAGUGAAUCGAAAGCCCGCUCUGUUACUUUUGUUCCGGAUGAAACUGGCACAAAAUCCGUUACUAUCCCUAUAGCCCAAGACGGAACACCACUCGAACCUCUCCACAACCCAGGUUAUCUUGUCACCUUGAGUGAUGAUGGUCGAGUUCUUGGGUGGGCUGCCGGGGACAACAAGGCUCCUGUGUGGCAGUUCUUGCCAUCUCAAGGAGAGCGAGUCAUCCACGCGACUUCACGCCCUUCACAUGAUCCCGUCGCGUCCAUUGGUAAAGUUUUGGGCAACCGUUCAGUGCUCUAUAAAUAUUUGAACUCAAAUCUUGCUCUCGUCACUUCAGUGGGACAAACCUCUGCUACAUUUUACCUCCUCGAUGCCGUCUCCGGUACAAUCCUCUAUUCCAGCAAGCACGAAGGGGUGGACACUACCCAACCAAUUACCUCUGCCAUCUCGGAGAAUUGGGUUGCCUGCUCGUUCUGGGCCGAUUUGACCGAAGCAUCCGAAUCCAAGGGCUAUCAGCUCGUUGUAUCUGAACUCUACGAGUCCCCGGUCCCUAACGAUCGUGGGCCACUGGACUCUGCAACAAAUUACUCGAGCAUCGCCGGGCCAAACACUUUGUCAAGACCAUACGUAGUAUCUCAGUCGUUCGUCAUUCCCGAGCCGAUUUCACACAUGGCCGUGACCCAGUCCCGGCAAGGAAUCACCGUUCGUCAACUCAUUUGCACCCUGCCCUCUUCGAAUGCCAUAAUCGGUAUCCCGCGAAAUGUCCUUGACCCCCGUCGACCUGUUGGACGGGAUGCCACUGCCGGAGAAAUGGAGGAGGGUCUCUUCAGAUAUAGCCCCUACCUCGAAUUUGACGGCCGGUGGUAUCUAACUCAUUCUCGCGAUGUCGCAGACAUUCAAAAAGUCAUUUCGUCGCCCACGUUGUUGGAAAGUACAAGCUUGAUCUUCGCUUUUGGAGGCGACAUAUUCGGUACGCGAGCGACACCCAGUCAGGCCUUUGAUAUUCUCGGAAGCAGCUUUUCAAAGUUGCAACUUUUGGCCACUGUGGUUGCACUUGCUGUUGGCGUGUGGUUUUUGGGACCGAUGGUCCGAAAGAAACAAAUCAAUCUAUUAUGGAAGAGGUAG